GCAUCCGAUGGCCUUCACAUGUCUUCGCAGAACUUGUUGCAGGGCAAUCGCGUGAAUGCAAUGCAGUCCAGUCUUUCGCUGCAGCCGAAGGGACUCUGUUGGCUCAAGUCAUCCUUGCAGUUUACCGGCUUAAAAUUUGGCUCCAGAGGCGUCCUGGCCGAU